AUGGCUGAUGUGUAUGGUGACAGUAGCCCACAGUAUUCCACAGUGGCAAAGUGGUCAGCAGAAUUUAAACGUAGACGAAGCUCUUUGGAGGAUGACCCACGGUCAGGUCGGCUAACUGAUGCCAUCAGUAAGGAGAUGGUUGAUCGUGUUGAGGGUCUUGUAAUGAAUGAUUGCCCAAUCAAAGUCGAUGAACUUGCUAGAGAGUGUGGCAUUUCCCGUGGAAGAGUUUGCACUAUAAUUCAUGAACAUCUGGGGAUGUCAAAGAGUUUUGCAAGAUGGGUCCCCAGAAACCUGAACAUGCAGGAUCGUCAGCAAAGGUUGGAAUCAUGUCGAGAGCUUCUGGAUAUUUACAAUGCCAAUCCAGAAGAAUUUCACACUCAUCUCGUAGCAGGGGAUGAAUCAUGGAUUCACCAUUGGGAUCCAGACACUAAAAAAUCAAUGCAAUUGAAGUGCCCUGGUUCAACCCACCUUAGAAAUUUUGUACUCAGCCAUCAGCUGGCAAAGUAA